AUGAGUUUCUUAUCAAAAUACAAGAUUGGUGGAGAAUUCCAAAGUUUUGGGGAUAGUAUUAUCUCAGAGCUAGAUGUGAUUGAGUACUGGAACGAUUUCCCCGAUGGACACAGAGAGAAUGCAACUAUGGAGUUUGUUGAAACUAUAGAUGCGCCGCAGAAGGAAUACAUCGAAUAUAGAGGGGAUUGUGGAGUAUUCGUAUGCAUGUUUAUGGAAAUGAUUAUUUCGGGGGUACCGGUGAAGAUUGAUAAGCCACGUAGAGAUGCAGGGUUUCUCUAUAGAAAUAGGAUGAAAAAUAUUAUUUGGGACACUAUAUAA